CUCGCCCCGAGGGGGGGUUUUCGCACCUCCCGGGGCUGCCGGGACCUGGCGAUGCUCCGGCCCGGGGGUCCCCGCUGCCCCCCGGCGCUGCUGCUGCUGGUGGUGGUCGUGGCCAGCGGCCGAGGAAGCCGGGAAUGCCGGGAACGAGCCGCGUCCACCGCUGGAAUGUUGGAGCUGCGGCCGGAGAGGCACCAACAGGAGUGGACAAAGGUCCAUUGGAGAUGGAACGGGAGUUCAGGAUCACAGAAACGGAUCCUGACGGCCCGGAGGGAUGGAAAUGUCUCCUACACCACCGGUUCUUUUCCCGGGAGAGCUGUUUUCCAGCUGGAGACCCUCUCCCUGAGGAUCUCCCCAGUUAGGAAGGAAGACAGUGGGGUCUAUAAAAUCGAGUUUGAUGAUCCAUCGGGUGCUGUCACUGUCCUGUCCUUCUGUGUGCGGGUGUGGGAUCCCCUUCCCCGGCCGGAGCUGCGGGCACAGACCCUUCACCGGGAGCGGGGCUGGUGCAACAUCUCCCUGUCCUGCUCCGUUCCCGCUCCCGGGAGCGUCUCCUACAGCUGGAAUUGCAGCGGGGAUCCCCCGGGGCACCCCCAGCAUUCCCAGAUAUUCCAGCGGGUCCCUGUGGAUGCCGAUCCCACCCUCUGCCUCUGCAACGCGAGCAACCCCGUGAGCUGGGGCGUGGCCGGCGCCGACAUCGCGGGGCUCUGUCCCCGCUCAGACCUUUCCCCCCUCCUCCUGUGGCCUGCAGUGGCCUCGGCCUCGGCACUGACCCUGUUUCUGACCAUCACCUGCUGCUGGUGGAGGAAGAGAAGGAAAAACACCCCAAAAGCCCCCCCGGGACACGUGGAGCAGCCUCUGACCAUCUACGAGGAGGUGGGAAGAGACAAAACCAGCCACGACCCCGAUGGGACCUUUGAGUCCCCCCAGGCCCCCAACACCGUGUACGCCGUGGUCAGCCCCCCAAAACAGCAGGAGGAACCCAGGUACCAGCAGAGACCUGGGAGCUGCACCAUCUACUCCGUGGUCCAGCCGGGCAGGAGGCCUCCUUCUCUCCGGAGGAAGAGGUUGGACCCCUCUCUGGUCUCCACAGCCUAUUUGGAGGAUAUGGGCGGUCCCAGACCCUGGAGCCCCUCCUUGAGCACCCCAAACCCGACUCCUGCCGGUCUCCACCUCCCCUAAUUCCCUGGCAAGGGAAUUCCCUUCCCUGUGGAUCCGUUUUUCCCGGAGCACCUGGAAAUUCCGGCGGCCUCUGGGAUCCCACUCGGAUCUUUUGGGAUAGAAACUGCCAGAAACACUUUUUUUUUGGGAAGGAUCCGACCCCCCCAGCUGCGUUUUGGAGGUUUUGGGAUGGAAAACUUGUCUCCUGUGGGGAUGGAAUGGGACUGGUGGGGUCAGGGGGGAUCUUCGGGGUUUUUAGGGCUUGGCAGGGUUGGGAAUUCGUUUUUGGGCGCAAACAUGAGCUGAACUGCACGAGGUGAUUGUGCUGCUUGUUUAAUUAGUUUAAUUGGCUGUUUAUAACCCAAAAUGUACCCCGGGCAUGGGGAGGAGGCAGGAAUUGCCUCGUUUACCCCAAUAAUCUCACCGGCAUCGGAUCCCCUGGCUCGGG